GGUACAAUAAAUCUUUUCAGUCCUGUUACUUAAUUAAAAUAUCAUUUUCAAUAAAUUACUCAUAUUUUUUAUGUACUAUUUUACAGUAAUUUGUUUUACAAAGAAAUGCCACGUCUUCGUGGAAGAGCAAGAAAUAUUGGUCGACGUACUCGAAACGCUCAAUUGGUCCAUGAUCAUCGAUUGAAUAGAACAGUUGAAGAACACUUGACGGAUAAUGUGAAUUUAAGAAAUCAAGUUGCAUCUUCACGUGAAAAUGAAAAUUCAGAGCAACGCAAUCAACGUCUUCGUGCAAAUGCAUUAAGACAACGAGAGACACGCCAACGAGCGACCAACGAAAACAGAGAACGUGACCAACGGCGAAUGCAAGAUAAUCGAGCAUUGAUACGAGCAUCACUUAAUCGUCUUGCAUUUGAAUAUGACCCUGAAAUAGACUAUUCGUCACAUGCACUAAUCUUAAUCGGUAGCAUGGACAACGAGUGUCAAUAUUGUCAUGCUUUAAAGUACAAAGGUGAAUCGCCUGGUUUAUGUUGCGCAUCUGGAAAAAUUUCACUUCCACCGUUAAAUCCACCACCGGAACCUUUGAAAACAUUAUUAGCUGGAACCGCAUCUCAAUCGAAAUUGUUUUUGCGGAAAAUUCGUAAAUUCAAUUCUUGCUUUCAAAUGACAUCAUUUGGAGCAACAAAAAUUGUUCAUAAUGAGGAUGGUCGUAAUUUUGAAUCUACAUUUAAGAUUCAAGGUCAAGUGUACCACCAAAUUGGUUCAUUGCUUCCAAUGCCUAAUGUCGAUCCAAAAUUCUUACAAAUUUACUUUAUGGGCGAUGAGGAGCAACAAACUCAUACACGAUGCGUAUACAACCAUAUAGAGCAGAUGGAGGAACGAGAAAUUGUCGACAAUUUGGAAACGUUCUUGCAAAAUCAUAACCAAUUGAUACGAUUGUUCAAGACUCUUUCCAGCAGACUGCAAAACGACAACUACGCCAUUGUUAUUAAAGCAGACAAAGUGCCCUAUGGAGAGCACGCAGGCACAUAUAAUGUUCCAACUGUUAAUGAAGUUGCAGUUGUUAUGGCUGGUAACCCAUGUGAACGUCGAGAUAUUCGCAUACAACGCAGAGAUAAUACAAUACAAAUAAUUCAAGACAAUCAUCGUUCUUACGACGCACUGCAAUAUCCGUUGAUAUUUUGGGAAGGAGAAGAUGGAUAUCAUUUAAAUAUUAAACAAAGGAAUCCAACAACAGGCACAACUUAUAGAUUAUUUUAUAAUUUUUUUUAACCAAUUAUUUCUGUUUAUCUUAUAAAUAGUUUUAUUUACAGGUGAAGAACUAAUCAAGAAAGUUAGUGCGAUGAACUUCUACGCAUACCGGUUGAUGAUUCGUGAAAAUGAAGAUAAUAACAUUCUCCGAUGCAG